AUGAUUAGGUUAGGUGUGUUAUCGCUGCCCCGCGCCUCGAGUGCCACUGCCCUGCUGCCCCGUGCGUCGCGCACGCCCUGCUACCCUGCGCGCCCCGCGCGCCGUGCUGCCCCGCGUCCCGCGCGCCCUGCGGCCCACGCGCCCCGUGCGCCCUGCAGCCUUGCACGCCCCGCGCGCCUUCGUGCCCGCGUGCCCCGCGUGCCCUGCGGGCCCUGCUGCCCUGUGUGCCCCGUGCGCCCUGCUGCCCCGCGCCCCGCGCGCCCUACUGCCUUGCGCGCCCCGUGCGACCUGCUGCCCCGCGCAGCGACGCGUCCCUGCUGCCUCGUGCGUCGCGCGCACCCUGCUGCCCUGCGUGCCGCGGGCGCCCUGCUGUCCUGCGCGCCCCACGCGCCCUGCUGCCCCACGCCCCGCGCACCCUGCUGCCCCGCGCGCCCUGCUGCCAUGCGCGCCCCGCGCGUCCUGCCGCCCUGCGCGCCCUGCGCACCCUGCUGCCUCGCGCCCCGUGCGCCCUGCCGCCCCGUGCGCCCCGCGCGCCCUGCUGCCCUGCGCCCCGCGCGCCGUGCUGCCCAAUGCACCCCGCACGCCCUGCUGCCUCGUGCCCCGCACGUCCUACUGCCCUGCGCGCCCCGCGCGCCCUGCUGCCCUGCGCCCCGCGCGCCCUGCUGCCCCGCGCGCCCCGCGCGCCUUUCUCCCCCGUGCCCCGCGCACCCUCCUGCCCCGUGCGCCACGCGCCCUGCUGCCCUGCGCGCCCCGCACGCCCUGCUGCCCCACGCCCCGCGUGAGGACGUGCAGUGGCGGUACCGGGCGGACCGCGUUGCCUGCAUACAAUGGACGGAGCGCAACGCCGUCGCCUAG